AUGCCAAUCCUCCUUGGAGCUGAUUCUCAAAAUUCUUGCCAAAGUAAAACGGAAACAGUUGAGGAUAGUUCUGAUAUUUCCAUUAUGGAAUCAGCACUUAAUUCUCCCCAAGUCAGCAGUAAUAUACAACAAGCAAAUUCCCUUUCGCAAUCCAAAAUGGAAAUUUGCGCAGCACCUAUAUUCAGAAAUCUCUCACAGAUCAAGGAUUUUCAGAAUUAG